AUGCGUGGCUUGCAUUGCGCUCGCCAAUGCCAGGCUGUUCGUCAAGUUUUGCCGCGAAGAUUGCGUGAAGGAUUUGACCACCCACAAUGGCCACAAUGGGUUAGGUGCAGGUGGCACACCACCAAAAGCCCUGGUUCCGAACUUGAGGCCAUGUCUAAGGCUUCAACGAGCUCGGUGGACAGACGCGAACCAGAUGUGGGAGUUUCCACAUUGCAGGAUGACAAGUCCAUUGAGGGAAUUAUUGCCCGAAGCCGUCAGAAAGAUUUGAUUGAGAGGGUUGGCCCUCAAGCAGUCCGAUACCUGCCAACGGAGGAUCCGAACGCUUUGCUUUUGCCAGACAGCAGGUUGGAACCAUCCGAGCGUCGAUGGCAGAAGGUCUUUGUAGCGCUUCCGUGGGUAGCCUUCGCUUGCAUGCUUGUGGCGCCUCUUUUGCUGGUCUAUGGAAACUUGCCCUUCUUGCAGCAGCGAGCUGAGCAGCAACGCCAGGUGUUGACUACUGAAUGCUGA